AUGUCAGUUACAGGGCAGAGUGCACUUGGAGAAGGAAGAGUGACACAGGACAGUAACGAACAGAGGACAGUAACAGGACAGAGGACAGUUACAGGACAGAGGACAGUUACAAGGAAGAGGACAGUUACAAGGCAGAGGGAAGUUACAGGACAGAGGACAGUUGCAGGACAGAGGUCAGUUACAGGACAGAGUGCAGUAACAGGACAGAGGAUAGUAACAGGACAGAGGACAGUUACAGAACAGACGACAGUUACAGGACAGAGGACAGUUGCAGGACAGAGGACAGUAACAGGACAGAGGACAGUCACAGGACAGAGGACAGUUACAAGCCAGAGGACAGUUACAGGACAGAGGAGAGUUGCAAGGCAGAGGACAGUUACAGGACAGGACAAAGGACAUAAACAGGACAGAGGACAGUUACAGGGCAGAGGACAGUUACAGGACGGAGUGCAGUUACAGGACAGAGCGCAGUUACAGGACAGAGUGCAGCAACAGGACAGAGGACAGUUACAAGCCAGAGGACAGUUACAGGACAGAGAACAGUUACAGGACAGACAACAGUUACAAGGCAAAGGAAACUUAGAAAAAGGUGAGAGGCAGUUCCAGACAGAGGACAGUUCCAAGGCAGAGGACAGUUACAAGGAAGAGGACAGUUACAAGGCAGAGGGAAGUUACAGGACAGAGGACAGUUGCAGGACAGAGGUCAGUUACAGGACAGAGGACAGUUGCAGGACAGAGGUCAGUUACAGGACAGAGGACAGUUGCAGGACAGAGGUCAGUUACAGGACAGAGGACAGUUGCAGGACAGAGGUCAGUUACAGGACAGAGUGCAGUAACAGGACAGAGGAUAGUAACAGGACAGAGGACAGUCACAGGACAGAGGACAGUUACAAGGAAGAGGACAGUUACAAGGCAGAGGGAAGUUACAGGACAGAGGACAGUUGCAGGACAGAGGUCAGUUACAGGACAGAGGACAGUUGCAGGACAGAGGUCAGUUACAGGACAGAGGACAGUGACAGAACAGAGGACAGUUACAGGACAGAGAGCAGUAACAGGACAGAGGACAGUCACAGGACAGAGGACAGUUACAGAACAGAGGCCAGUUACAGGACAGAGGACAGUUACAGAACAGAGGCCAGUUACAGGACAGAGGACAGUUACAGAACAGACGACAGUUACAGGACAGAGGACAGUUACAAGGCAGAGGACAGUUACAAGGCAGAGGACAGUUACAGGACAGAGGACAGUUACAGAACAGAGGACAGUUACAGGACAGAGGACAGUUACAAGGCAGAGGACAGUUACAGGACAGAGGACAGUUACAAGGCAGAGGACAGUUACAGGACAGAGUGCAGUUACAGGACAGAGAACAGUUACAGGACAGACAACAGUUACAAGGCAAAGGAAACUUAG